AUGGCGAGCCGGAACGGGGCGCGUGGCGCGCUGCUGUCGCUGCUGUUGCUGCUGCUGCUGCUCGCCGGGCCGGGGGCGCGGGGGGCGCGGGGGUCCCGGGGCGCCGACAAGCAGAACAGCCUCCGGCGGGCGGCCAGCGGCGUCUACCAGGGCGCCAGCGGCCUCCUGGGCGAGGAGAACGUGCGCGCCCUGCAGAAGUUUUUCUCCAGACUGACAGAGCGAUUCGUGUACGGAGUGGACGUUCUUGUAGAUACAUUCUGGAGAAUAUGGACAGAUCUUCUAGAUGUCCUUGGAAUUGAUGGAUCCAACUUGACCCAUUAUUUCAGCCACACCGCCCUAGCCAACAAUCCCGCUCGGGCCCUUCUUCUGAUCGGGGCCAUCUUGUUGGCUUAUUGGUUCGUGUCUCUGCUCUUGGGAUUCUUCUUCUAUCUCCUGCACGUCCUGUGCGGCCGUUUCUUCUGGAUCAUCCGGAUCGUCCUCUUCGCUCUUUCCUGCGUCUACAUCCUUCAGAAAUACGAGAGCGAGCCCGAACACGCCGUCCUCCCCCUCUGCUUCGUGGUCGCCGUCUACUUCAUGACUGGUCCCGUGAGCUUCUACUGGCGGAGGAACAGCCACAGCACCCUGGAGGAGAAGAUUGAUCACCUUGACAGCCAGAUCAGGCUUCUGAACAUCCGUCUGUCUCGCGUGAUCGAGAACCUGGACCGAGGAGGCGACUAACGGGAAAGUCACGCUUCGCGCGGGAACACAACACAGGCGAUCCGGGAAAUCACCACGUCUCGUCCACAACGAGGCGGACUUUGGGGUAAAAGCAGGGUGCGCCAUCCGGCCGUUAAGUCUUCGUGCGUAGCUUACCUGUCUACACCCUGAACAAAACAUUAAUUAACUUGUAAGAUAGAUUAGCUGUACAUUCAGAGAUGUUCUCCCAUAAGUAGGGUUUUAUCUGCUGUUUUCCAACAUCUUUUG